GCCCUUUUAAGUGGGCAUCUAGAGCUCGAACGGAGUAGGAUGAGCUACUGGUACGACAAUGUUUCUAACAAAAACACCGAGAAGGAUGAGCGCGUGACAAGUGAUGGUCCACUGGAACAUCAUCCAUCGUCUAAUCCCCUUUGGUCCCGGAUGCUUGCGUUUCUAUUAUCUCUCAUCAGCUCCAGAAACCCAUCAUUCCCAAGCUCAUUAUUUUUGCCGAUGGAACAAGAACGUCUCCCAUUUAAUUCGAAUCGGUCGGCUGGAGGAAGCAAAAAGGGUUUUUGAUAUCAUGGGGCAUCAGAACUCAGUUACUUGGAAUUCCAUGAUCAGUGGCUAUGUGCAGCGCGGAGAGAUUGCAAAGGCUUGGAAGCUUUUCGACGAAAUGCCAUGUAGUGACAUAGUAUCUUGGAAUUUGAUGAUAUCAGGCUACAUUUCAGGCGGCAGUGGCAGGCUAAUCAAGGAAGCGCAGUCUUUGUUCAAUAGAAUGCCUGAGAGAGAUCCUGUCUCUUGGAACACGAUGAUUAGUGGGCACGCACGAAAUGGGAUGAUGGAAGAUGCAUUGGAUCUUUUUCAUAGAAUGCCUGAGCAGAAUGUCAUCUCAUGGAAUGCGAUGAUCACUGGUUUUCUGCAGAAUGGUGAUGUUUCACGUGCGAUCGAUUUCUUUGAGAGAAUGCCUAGACGUGACUCGGCUUCUUUUAGUGCACUUGUAUCGGGUCUUAUUCGGAAUGGUGAAUUGGAUGAAGCUGCAAGAAUUCUGUUGAAAACACGGGAAAUAACUGGUGGCAGUGAGGAUUUAGUGCAUGCUUAUAACACUCUGAUUGCUGGGUAUGGUCAGAGUAGAAGGCUUGAAGAAGCUCAACACUUGUUUGAUCAAAUGCCUUCCUAUCAUGGUCAGAAUAAAAUCAAUGGACGAUUCGAGAGAAAUGUGGUCUCAUGGAACACCAUGAUCAUGUGCUAUGUGAAAGCAGGAGAUCUUGUUUCAGCCCAGAGGGUCUUUGACAAAAUGGAUGAACGGGAUGCUUUCUCAUGGAACACCAUGAUCAGUGGUUAUGUUCAUGCAUCAGAUAUGGAAGAGGCCUCCAAUAUUUUUGGUAAAAUGCCUGUUCCUGACACUCGGUCAUGGAAUUUGAUGAUAUCUGGGUAUGCCCAGAAAGGUGAUUUAGAACUUGCUCGUGAUUUUUUUGACAGGAUGCCCCAAAAAAGCCUCGUUUCAUGGAACUCAAUGAUAGCAGGGUAUGAACAGAAUGGCAACCAUGAUGAAGCAAUUGUUCUCUUUUCUAAAAUGGUAACUGAAAGGGAGAUGCCCGACCGACACACUUUAUCCUCAGUUCUCAGUGCUUGUACAGGGCUUACGGCACUGUACCAAGGAAUGCUGAUCCAUCAGUGGGCCACUAAGACUGUAGUUGCAGAUACACCCAUAAGUAACGCUCUUGUGACUAUGUAUUCAAGAUGUGGAGCAAUUACGGAGGCACAAACCAUCUUCAACGAUAUGAAAUUGCAGCGAGAUGUAGUCUCAUGGAAUGCAAUGAUUGGAGGGUAUGCAUAUCAUGGUUGUGCAGGAGAAGCUCUUGUGCUAUUUGAGGAGAUGAAGAGAAUGAAAGUGCAACCCACACAUAUUACAUUUAUUUCAGUAUUGAAUGCAUGUGCUCAUGCAGGGUUAGUGGAUGAAGGGCGAAGACAUUUUAAUUCCAUGAUUAGUGACUUUGGGAUUGAACCAAGAGUUGAACAUUUUGCUUCCCUUGUCGAUGUGGUGGGUAGGCAUGGGCAGCUGGAAGAGGCCAUGGAUCUGAUUAAUAAUAUGCAAGUCAAGCCAGAGAAGGCUGUGUGGGGUGCCUUGCUGGGUGCUUGCAGGGUGCAUAACAAUGUGGAAUUGGCCGAGGUUGCAGCGGAAGCUUUGAUGAAGCUUGAGCCUGAAAGUUCAGCCCUAUAUGUGUUGCUAUACAAUAUGCAUGCUGAUGCGGGGAGAUGGGAUGAUGCAACAGAUGUGAGGAUGGUGAUGGAACGGAAUGGUAUCCAGAAACAAACUGCAUACAGCUGGAUAGAGUUGCACAACGAGGUUCAUAUGUUUGUUGCAGCAGAUAGAAAACAUCCCCUUUCUGAUGAGAUACAUGCAUUGAUCGAGAGUUGUAAUCGGAUAAUCAGAGAUCAUGGUUUGGAUAUCCAAUAGUCAUUUGAGUUUGACUUGGAAUUUUCCAGGAGUCUUUUCUAUUGCUCUUUUCAUUCUUCAUCAACAAUCAGUCAAAGAACUAAUACUAUUUAUUGAAUUCAUUGGCCACUGAAACUUGAUAUCUUCUCACAAGUUUGUUGGGAUGGCAGUCCUGGCAGGAAAGUUCUGCUGCAAUGAUGACAGCUUCUGCCAAUUUUCUCAACUUUCAAAUGGAAUAGAGAGGGAGAGUCUAACAACGAUGGCAAUGGAGAGGGUUGUGGGGUGGUGACAUUUGCAAAGUGAGAAACGAGAUUGUUAGUUGGGGCUGUGGCAUAUGUUCACUUCAGUUUCAUACAAGGACUGUUCAAGCAGCAACAAGCUCACCACUAACAGGGUUGAAAACCAGAUUUCUCUGCCCCCUCGGUUGAAUUACAAUGCUUCUUUCUACCCUUAUUGUCGGAAACACCUUACAUCCACAGCAACCGAAUCACUCUCUACUGCCUCAGUCAGUUUUCUUCACGCUUCAUUGAAUUACUCAAUUUGGUAUUACCUGGUUUGAUAUAUGGUUUCUUUGCUCUUGAUUUGUCGAGGUUUUACCUUUAGAAUGUUUCUUGUGCAAAUUUCAGUUGAUUUAGGGCUUUUGAUUUAAUGUACAGUGUGAAGUAUAGUCUGUUGGUUACCACGAAUUUGUGUUUUGGAAUAUAGUUAGACCUGUGGUGGUAAUUUUGAUCUGAGCUAGGCGAUGAGCAUGGAGAAUAUUGGGGGAGAAAAUGAUUCACUUUUGCUUCCCUAUGUUUGAUAUUUUCCUUGUCUUACUUAUCAGAAAUAAUUCUGUUGCUUUA